AUGAAUAUUGAUCCUUCCUCUCAAUCCUCUAUCUCAACAGCUCUGGUUCCGAUUGACACGGGAUGCCGACAGCGUGAGUACGACAUGGAGCUGGAUCUCGGUGCCGCUUCGACUUCGACAGAUUUAGUCCUCAGUGAUCAUAUGGGUAUGAGUGACACACAUCAAAGAAAGAGACACGUGGUUGCAGGACCCAAUCGCCAGUCCCAUGAUGAGAUGCUUGGUGCACUUCACUACUCACAAGACCGGGAGCGUGAAAAGAGCAACACGAUAAGGCUGUUGAAGGCGCAACAAGAUGCUUUGUCCGAGGAGCUCAGGAAGUACCAACAGUACUUCCCUGUUCCAAGGAUGAUUUAUGCAGGUCUCGACAAUGAUUCGCAGGCUGCUGAGCUGAAACGACAAGUCUCUUUGCUACACUCAGAAAGAGAGGUGAUGCUACAAGAACGAACCAGACAUUUGAUGACUAUGGCGGAGCAGCAAAAGGACGUCGACAAGCUACUGAAGCAAAGAGCUAAAGAUGAGAGGCUUUUGACUCAGCAGCGAGAGAUCAUCAACCAAGCAAACCAGCAUCAAUCAAUCAACAGCAACAUGUUGCAAGGACAAAAGGAGGCCUUAGAGAAGCAAAACGAGUUCAUUGCACAGAUGAUGUCACGAAUGGAAGCAUUGAAAGCAGAGAGCACUAAGACUCAUGAAGAAAUGAACCACCGUUCUGCGGAACUGGAAGCUUUGAAGAUGGACAAUACAAAGACUUGUGCCCGUUUGGCAGAACUGGAAAAAGCGAUAAAUAGUAAAGACAAUGAGAUUGUCAGUCUCCAAGGAUGCUUGGCUGCCAUUUCCGCUUCUCCUUCUCAAAGUUCGACAAGCGGAGUCGCUUCCACUCCUCGAAAUCAGGCAGGCACUGCCCUUUCUGCUACACAGAGCUCGCCGCACACCGUACCGCUUCCCAGAAAAAUUUCGACUCCCAGGGGAACGUCGCGUACGCCAACGAAAAUACAACAUCAACAAGUAAAAGUUCCCAUCUCUUCUUGGAGGGAAGCGUCGCCAGCAGUCGAUCCACCACCCUCGCAUACCUCACAGUCGGUGACUACACAGGAGGGUGCAGCUGCGGAGCCAGCAGUAACUGAUCCGACGACCCCGCUCCCAGCGGAAAUGCGGGAACAGCCUUCAACGCAGGAAAGUGCAACAGCGGGAGCAGGAGGAAUGCCCUCAAACAUUAAUCUGGGAGACCCGGAUCAGCUCAUCCGAUAUCUGGCAUCUUGCCUCAAACGAGUGGUAGUCAGUGACUCGAAAGAGUUGCUCGAGAUGGGUCAGCGUACGUUGGCACCGAAGAAGAUGACUGAGAGAAUGGAGCAGCAGGAAAGGAUGGGGAAGUCAAACAAAAACAGGCUUCAGACCUUCAUACGACGCUGGUGGUGCAAGUUCUAUAAGGUAGAUUCAGUUGAAGAAUUCAUCAUCUACGAGGCCCAGGAACAACAAACCAUGCUAGUGUUCAAGGACAAACAAGGUCCUGGUCCAACAGAGGACGACCUUAUCUUGGAUUUUAGCCAUGGAUUUGCUUUGUCUAAGUGGAACAGAGCCAUCUUCAUGAUAAUGAUUCCGAUGAUUCAAGAGGAACUGAAGAAAGAACUGACACUCCCUGCAGUUGACGAUGGCUACAUAGAAGAGAUGUUGCUCGGUCUCUUGCGACGAUCUCGGGCAAAGUGGGCUGAAGCGCUCCCUCGAUACAAGGCUGGUACAACUCAGCUGGAGACUGAGGAAGAGGUUGUGCAGUGUGUGGUGGAAACUGGAGAUCAUGUUCAUAAGACAGCAGCGUCGCGGUCAUCCAAAGUUAGGAAACACGAUAGACGAGUAAUGACUGCAACAAAAAUGAUUAAUAUCAAGACGAAGAACGGAGACGUGGACUUACGAACCUGGCAACUAUUUCUGAAGAUGCUUCAGAUGCUAGGAACAAAUGGAAUGUCAUCCGAGGAAGAGGUUGUAAAGGUCGUAGGGGGUAUCACCGAAACUGUGUAUACUGUUAAAGUAUGCAUCUGGUGGAAUGGGAAGGUUAUCAAAUACCUCAAGGAUAUCGACGAGGCUUCACCACAGUUUACCGGCAAAGGUAGCUGUCCAGCGCACAGGGAUAGGGAGACUGUGCCGAGAAUGAACGAGGUAGUCAAUGCCCCACGAGGACUGCCAAGGGCGCUAUAUGACCCUGAAUGGCUGGCAGAACUGGAUGAAUACGAGCAAGGAGAUUUGUGUAUUUCCAAGGAUGCGUUUGAACUGCUGGAAAAAGUGGUGGAGGCAGUGGAUAUGCCUGAGGUAACAGUGGAGGAAGUUGAUUAG